AUGUCCGAGGUAUCCGCAAGUGAUCUGUCAGUUUUUUAUCAGCUGCUACACGACGAAAACAUAUGUAAUUACGAGGUUUCGUCAGACGGUGCGAGUACAACGUGCAGUGAUGCUGAGCUAGAGAUACAAGACUCGGAACCCGACGAGUUUGACGCGGUAGAAUGUGAGGAAGACGUCGACGCGAAAAACUAUACCGUAUCCGGACGUACUUGGAAAUACAUUCCUCCCUAUAACAAUAACAUAACAGAGUUUCAGAGCUCUUUGCAAAACUAUACGCUUUUACUGACAAGUAAAAGCGAGAAUGUCCAAACGAUAGACGAAUGUUUUCGGUUGUUUAUUGAUGAACGGAUCAUCGACAGUAUAGUGUUGUACACAAAUAAAAAGGCGAAUGAAAGUAUGCCGCCGAGUAAGAAGUGGAAACCUGUGGACAGCAUAGAGAUCGACGCAUUUUUAGGGAUUCUAUUGCUAGCCGGCCGAUUCAGGGAAUCACGUGAAAGGAAACGUGACUUGUGGAGAAAGAAUGAGGCAUUCUCCAGGCCGUUUUACGCGGCCACUAUGUCCCGCGAUCGUUUCGUAGAUAUAUUAAAAUACAUCCGUUUUGAUGAUUCCGCUACGCGGGAGGAGAGAAAAGCGAAUGACAAAUUGGCGCCGUUACGGGACGUUACCAGCAUGUUCACUGCGAACUGCAGGGACUCGUACGCCGCGUCCAGUGUUGGUUCUAUUAACGAGCAAUUGGUGGGAUUCAGGGGACGUUGUCCUUUUAAAGUGUACAUGCCAAAUAAAUCCGGGAAUUGUGGGAUUAAAAUCAGGACCCUCUGUGACGCGAGAACUUUUUAUUGUUGUAAUAUGGAUAUAUAUUUAGGGAAAAGUGGCAAUAUUUCAGAAAACCAACAGGGUCACCAUGUCGUGAAACAGUUGACAGACUUUUGGAGAAAUUCAAAUCGGACAAUAACUACAGAUAACUUUUUUACCGAUAUUAGUUUGGCGGAGGAGUUGUUAGAGAAUAAAAUUUUCCUUGUAGGUACAGUGCGUAAAACUCGACCGGAUCUGCCUAAAAUACUCACGCAAACGCGGGAUCGGCAACAAUUCUCUUCUCAGUUUUUGUUCACUCACAAUCUGACUCUCGUCUCUUACGUGCCAAAACCCCGGAAGUGUGUUGUCCUGUUGUCCAGUUUGCACCAUGAACUGAACAUUUCGAAACCGGAACAAAAUUACCAGCCGGACAUAAUUAAUUUUUACAAUUCGACGAAAGGCAGCGUGGACGUGUUCGACAAACUAGUUAAAGAGUACUCUUGCAGGCGGUCCACGCGCCGGUGGCCAUUGUUGCUUUUCAUGCAUUAUGUAGACAUAGCCGCGUACAACGCGUUCGUUAUAUGGGUCACCAAAUACCCCACGUGGGAAUGCAACAACACACUGAAGACAAAAAGAAAGAUCUUUUUGGAGGAAUUAGCGAAGAAAUUAGUUACCAACAAUAUAGAGAGACGGGCGAUCCAAUUCGAAAACCGUGAAAUUACAUUUCAUAAAUACAUUGUGAACGCUAUAGAAGCGACCGGCAGGAAAAUCGUGAAAACGAUACCGAUAUCUGAACCACGUAAACGUUCAAGGUGCUACAUCUGCAUCGGCAACGAUAAUAAAUACAGUUCCGUAUGUGACAACUGUCAAGUACAUAUUUGCAAUCUACAUUCUAUACAUAAACGUACUAUUUUGUGUAGCCGAUGUAGUGACUUGGAAUAA